UUGCAGCCAGCUUGAGUCUCGUCCCACUCACUCUCACUGUCAUAGCCCGGCGUUGACAGCCACUACCCGCCACUGGUCAGCCCACUUUGUCGGGGUUUAAGCGCUUGCAAGAAACAAGUCCUUUUUUUUGGUGCAAAAUCACUCUUUAAGCUAAAAAAAAAAAAAAAAAAAAAGUAUUUUUUUUUGUAGAAAAGUCACCCUUUUAAUAUUUUUGCAAACAUGUCUGGAGAAGACGCACCUGCCCAGCAGCAGAACGCCGUGGACCAGAAGCAGGACUCCAAGCCCACGGAGGAGCCCAAGACCGAGCCGGAGCCUGCGCCCGCCGGCGAGGCGGCAGCAACGGCGGCGGCGGCGGAGACCACCGAGAAGGUCCCGGAGGAAGAGGCGUUCACGUACCGCGCUCUGGUGCUCACCGGCUACGGCGGCUACGACAAAGUGAAGCUGCAAGUGAAGAAGGGCAAGCCCGCCCUCAAGGCCGGGGAGAUCCAGGUUCGAGUGAAGGUCUGCGGGCUCAACUUCGCCGACCUGAUGGCCCGCCAGGGGCUCUACGACCGGCUGCCGUCCCCGCCGGUCAGCCCCGGCAUGGAGUGCUCCGGAGUGGUGGAGGCUGUCGGUGAGGAGGUGACGGACAGAAAAGUGGGGGACAAGGUGAUGGUGCUGAGCCGCUUCGGGCUGUGGCAGGAAGUGGUGGCAGUGCCCGCGAUGCACACCUUCAUCAUUCCGGACGGCAUGAGCUUCGAGGAGGCUGCCGCCCUCCCGGUCAACUACAUCACCGCCUACAUGAUGCUCUUCGACUUUGGCAACCUGCGGCCUAACCAGAGCAUCCUCAUCCACUCCGCCGCAGGUGGCGUGGGCACUGCGGCCACCCAGCUGUGCAAGACGGUGAAGGACGUCACCGUGUUCGGAACGGCGUCGGCGGGCAAGCACGAAACCAUCAGCCAGGCCGGCGUCACGCAUCCCAUCGACUACCGCACCAAAGACUACGUGGAAGAAGUCCGCAAGAUCAGCCCCAAAGGCCUGGACAUUGUACUGGACCCCCUUGGAGGAUCAGACACCCACAAAGGCUACAACCUGCUCAAACCAAUGGGCAAACUCAUCUCCUACGGUGCCGCUAACAUGCUGGCGGGCCAGAAGAAGAACCUGCUGGCCGUGGCCAAGAACUGGUACCACCAGUUCACCAUCCACACGCUCAACCUGAUCCAAGGCAACAAGUCGGUGUGCGGCUUCCACCUGGGCUACCUGGACGGGGAGACGGAGCUGAUCAGCCAGGCCAUGAACGCAAUCCUGGACCUCUACAAGCAGGGCAAGGUCAAGCCCCACAUUGACUCCACCUGGCACCUCGAGCAGGUGGGCGACGCCAUGAGGAAGAUGCAGGAGCGGAACAACGUGGGCAAGGUGCUCCUCACCACGGAGCCCAUGCCCGAGGAGGAGAAGAAGGAGGAGCCGGCGGCGGCCAAAAAGGAGGACAAGAAGAAAGAGGACAAAAAGAAGGAGGACAAGAAGAAGGACGAUGGCAAGAAGGACGACAAGAAGAAGGAGGAGCCUAAGAAGGAGGAGCCUAAGAAGGAGGAGGAGAAGAAGGAGGAGGAGAAGAAGGAGGAGGAGAAGUGAGGAGGAGUUUGUGUCUGAGGGGGUGGAGAUGGGUUGAUGAUACGGAGGCGGGUUGGCGGGAAGAUUUAGAAAAUGGCCACAAAACACGCUCGUUUCACUCCUUUAGCCCCGCCCAUACGGCAGCGAUUAGUCAAGCCUGGCCCCGCCCACACAUUAAAAAAAAUGUCACGACGAAGUAAACCUAUGCGGGCCCUCCGCCAUCCCACCUUUGCUACAUCCUUCCGCUCCGAACUCCACCUGCUCCCCUAGGCCCCGCCCCUUUCACCUCCCACGCCGUCAGCCCCGCCCACAGACAGACAGAGCGACACACAGACGAGGCUCGCCACGCCCGCAUGUUGCCCUCGUGUCCGUGUCACUUUGAGAUGAGUCAGACAGGCGUGUGAUUGGAUGCUCCCCCGACAACAAAACAAUAUAUGCUAUCAAGAUUAGCCUAAUUAGAGAAGAGCUCCAUGAUCAUGAAGAGUCUCUCUUUGUUCCAGCAGGAGAGAGCGAGGGUCGGGUUGGGGGUCUUUCUUUCCAUCCCCCCCCCCCCCCCACUCCCCCACGUGAGCUGAAAGAAGCACUGUGAGCCGCCAUGAGCGACCCGCUCGUCCUCCUCGUCCACAGAAGGGCCUGUCCGUCCCCCUGACCCCGGGAGAGGGGGACUCGGCGCAAGCCGGCGCCCGCGCUCCGCCUCCCGCUCACACCCCACCACUUCUCCCUCUCCCUCUGCGCGGUCGGCAUAGCAACAGGCGUCAAGGCUCGUCAGAGAUGGCGCUGUGCUUCGGCCUCUUCCUGCCGCCCCCACCCACCCACCCACCAGCCCCCACGUUCUCUCUUCCCUUCCAGUAUUUCAACAAUGAAUUUUGGGUGGUGACCAUGAAAAAAAAGUGUUCCUCAUUCUAUAAUUGACACUAACUGGCCACAAUUCUGGCUACCAAACAGUGCAUGGCUCCCUCUAGUGGCUGCCAGGAAAAUUGUCUGCACACACCCAAGUGUGUAUUUAAUCCGAUUUUUUUCCACACACAAAAAUCUAUUUUUGCAUAAAUCCUCUAAAUCUUAA